AUGGCGUCUCUCGUUUCGAUAGAUACAAUCCGGGAUAAUUCAGAGUCAAUGGGUGUUAGGCUCGACGAUGAAGUUGCACAGGCCCUCGCCUCUGAUGUGGAAUACCGUCUUCGCCAAAUUAUGGCUGCUUCUAUCGAAGUUAUGAAGGAAUCUGGCCGAACAACUCUAUACACAAAAGAUCUCGAAAUGGCUGCCAAAUUGUUAGAUAUUGAUCCGCCUCUUGGGUAUCAGAGUAAUCUUGGUCUCCGUUGGGGCGAGGCUACACUGGGCGCUGGCCAGCCUCUCUUCUACAUUGAGGACGAAGAAGUUGAUUUUGAGAAGGUCAUCAAUGCCUCGUUGCCCAAAGUACCUAGAGAGGUCACCAUGACUGCACACUGGACCGCCAUUGAAGGGGUACAGCCUCAAGUACCGAUGAACCCCUCCCCCGCCGAGGCACGUAUGAAUGAGUUGGUUCCCCGAGGAGCUACUACCGCCCAUGCUCUUGGAGCCGCCGGUAACUCCGAUAAUGCGACUGUUAAACCUGCAGCCAAACAUAUACUGUCUGUUGAGCUCCAGAUGUUUUUUGAUAAAGUCAUUUCAUCUGUAAUAGACUACGAAAAAGACGAUCUCCGUUCGGCUGCUCUUUCCGCACUUCGUACUGAACCAGCGAUCCACCAACUGCUCCCUUACUUCGUCUCCUACGUUACUGAGCGUGUUACCCACGACCAGAAAGUCGACAUCAAGUUGAUGGAGUCAAUGAUGGAUAUUUGUGACGCUAUGAUCGACAAUGAAUCUCUUUUCAUGGAUUUAUAUGUUGAGAAACUUUGCCCGCCGAUUCUAACGUGCGCCGUUGGCAAAUACCUCGGCCCUAACACACAAGAUCAAAUACCCACCUUCCCUCUCCGACGCAAAGCUGUCUCUAUUCUAAGAAAGCUUGCUAUCAACUAUGGGGAGUCCUCCCAUACGCUUCGGUCCCGACUUGGCCGUAGCUUUCUCAAGCGAUUCCUGGACAAUAAGCAGUCCUAUGGGUCUCAUUACGGUUCUAUUCUUGGCCUUGCAAACAUGGGUGGCACCGAUUCGAUUAGGGUCUUGCUGCUUCCUAAUGUUAAACUAUUCGAAGAGUUUAUCCGUGAUGAAAUACAGGGCGACGGGCCGAGGAAAGCAGAGGCUUUAGAAUGUUUGAAGGUCUUGGUGGAAACCUUGACGACUCUGAAAAACGACAAGAAGGUUGAGGUUGAAGAAAACGGAGAAAGUGAGGAGGAUUUGAGGACAGCACUGGUUGAUGGUAUCGGUCCUCUCGCGGCAAGCGAGAUUCUCAAGAUGGGAGACAUGAAGCUAGUCAAGAUACUGCUGAAGAGCCUUAUUCCUGUCUAG